GAACUUACUUCCAAAUAUAUUCUAUCUUUUGGGUAAUUUUUAAGAUGUCAGCUUCACAAUCAUCUUCCCGAAACAAAGAAGUCUCGGUCAAUGACGACAUUAUCGAUUUUAAUGAGAUCCCCGAAGCAGACCGAACAAAUUUCCUGAUAGAUCUCACAAAUGGUUUCUUCAACUUGAGUUUAAUUCCUGAAGAAAAACAAGAAGAAGUCAUUCGUAGGCUCGAGGUGGCGUUCAACAAGAAAGGGAGUACCGGGGAUGCAGCAGACAAACACCCCAACACCAUCAAACUCGAAUUAUAUAGAGCAGAAAUUACCACGAAUACUAUCCCCUUAUCAAUGAGCGAAGGGGCAGAUAGGAUAAGUUUUGUGGAACAUCAAAGGCGCAUAACGAAAUUGACUCAUCAGGAUCACGACUUUACUUCCGAAAGAAUCCCUGAUCAGAAAAAUCACCAUGUUAAGGAGCCGAUCAAGCCUAGUACCAAGCCUAUCUUAGAUAAUUCGAAGGAAACAGAAUUGGGGAUCGCUCGCAAGGAGUUGAGAGAAGCGGAAAUGAUUAUCCAGAAACAAGACACCAAGAAUGCCCAGCUACUUGAAUGGAAGAAUCAGAACAGUCUGCUUGUUGAGAAUAUGGCGAAGGAUUAUGCAACAUCACUCCAGUCAAAGAAUAUGGAGAUUGCCAACCUCCGAAAUUCUUCCAUCACAGAUCUCGCAUCUCUCAAAAGAAAGUACGAGUCACUAAUCGAAGUUGCAAUCCACAUACUUGGCCGCAAGAAAGAGCUUUCCAAGCCAGGCAAUCUGAGAAAUUCACCCCUGAUCGAGGAAGGCAACUCUGCUGCUCACGGUGGAAGAUGCCUAGCAGACUUGCAAAGAAUGGAAAUCAAGCCUAUGGAUGGCGAUUCAGACUGGUUUGAAAAUGCGUAUAGCGUAACAGUCGAGGGUGCUCAAAGCUUCAAAGGAAGUUCCGCAUUUCGAAAGCUCAUUAAUAUGCGAUUCGACCUGCGAAAUCUCGAACACAUUGAUCUGCAAAUUAUCAGCGAAUUUGAGACUACGUUCCAGAAAAUAAAGACGCAAAUCAACGAAAGUCUACCCGCAGAAGGCGAGACCGAUGAAGAUGAUGCAUGUAUCAUGGAAGUGCUACUAUUGAAGGACCCAGUUGCAAAGGUAUUGUUUCAGGAAGUUUGCAGCAAAUGGGUCGCAGCAGUUGAUAGAGAUCAGACCACUCGCAAAGAGAUCAUGAAGGAUCUCAAAGCGAUGUCUUUCGGACGCAAAUCAUACCUGUCUGGAAGAACAAACCGUUCUAGAUGGAACAAAGGUAGCAGAAUUAUGGGAACUAUCAGCGAGGGAGUGAAGAGUGCGAUGGAGAAGAUCCUCUAGGUCGGAGUCUAGUCAGUCACCUUGGUGUGGAAAUAGCUGGCCUGUGAUGAGAGACA